AUGUUGAAAAGCUGUGGAAAUACAUCAGUGGCCACUUCAAUAGGAAUUUCCCUUCUUUUCCUCUUGUUGAUCUGUGGAAUUGGGUGUGUUUGGUGUUGGAAACAUGGUAAUCCAGUGCAGUUUACCUUGCCAAGGGUCUUGCAAAGGAGAAGCAGCAGGAGAAAAGACUAUACUAAGACACUGUCAUGUCUCCUCGCUAUCAGCUCAAGGAAUAAAAUCUCAGUUCAGAACCAAGACGGCAGAUCUUCUGGGAGGAGGACUAACACACAUGGCAGCUAUGAAAAUGUGGAAAGUGGUGCUCCCAAACCUAAAGAAGAAACUGAUAAAGGACUAUAUGAGAACACUCAGCAGAUCAGUUUCGAGGAGCAUAUCUAUGGAAAUGAGAUGCCAUCCCAAUAUUAUAACUUCCAGAAGCCUAGUACUUCUGAAGUCUCUCAAGAUGAAGACAUAUAUAUUCUUCCAGAUUCAUAA